AGUUGUUUCUACUGCUCACUGGUUUCAUAGAAUCUUUUCGGUCUCUCCUUUGCACUCAACUCAACAGUCACAGAACAACCUGUAAUGGACUUUGCACAGCAGGCAAUGAACUUAUUCGGCGAGGAAGACGAUGACGACGACCAAAACUGCCGAAACGACGACGUCGAGGAAGACGAAGAACACCAACAAAAACAAGCCCGCCAAUCAUCGUCUUCCUCCGGGGCCUCAUCCUCCGGCGCCUCCUCCUCCGCCUCCUCCUCCGCCGGCGCCUCCUCAUCGGCCGCCUCGUCUUCUCGGUCGUCGUCGUCUAAUCACAGCAGAAGCAGCAGCGCAAGCGAAGAAGAUAACGAGAACGAUGGCGGAGAAGUGAGGUCGCGGGAUAACAGUAAUAUUAAUCAUAAUAGGAGUAGUGAUACGAAUUAUAAUAAUGAUGGUAAAGAAAAUUAUUAUGAGAAUUUGGAUGAGGAGGAAGAUGACAAGGAUCUUUUUGGGUCGGAUAACGAGGAUUAUGGAAAAACCCCUGUUAAUAGUCCCUACCCAGUUCCUGUUUUGCCUGCAAUACGUACUACUAACAACCAUAUGAGAGGGGGUUUUGGACGUGGCCGUUGGCAGCACAACAACCGAGGACCUGGUCUGCUUCCUCGACCUGGGCCUUAUCCUCAAAGACCCAACUUUGGUGGCCCAAAGUUCUUUAAUGCCCCUCGUGAUGAACGCUUCGUUUCUGAGUUAAAAUUUUCAAAGAGUGAACAAACAUUAGCAAGAAAAUGCAUAGCAUUUCAGGAGCCUUGCGAGCUGGCUUGCUAUAGUCGCAUAGAAGGUGGGGAUGUCUUCUUUGAUGACCGUAGUUUGAGACUAUUUAAGCGUGUCAUUACUCAAGAUAUUGGGUUUGACCUGAAUGAAGGUUUUGAUACUUUCAUUCCAAAGAAAGAUCUAGGCUCUGAGGGCUUUGGUGAUCUUCUGGCUUGCAUAAGAAGUAAAAACAUACCACUUCAAAACAUGCACUUUGUGACGUAUCGCAACAACCUUAAUAAGAUAUUGGCUACUGCUUAUAUAAGGCAUGAACCUUGGGAGAUGGGGGUACAUAAAAGGAAUGGUGUCGUGUAUCUUGACGUGCAUAAAUUGCCAGAAAGGCCACAAAGCGAGCUGGAGCGGCGAAGGUGUUACUGGGGCUACUGUUUUGAGAGCCUUGCUACAGAAGAUCCAACUAGAGGCGAUGGAGAAGGGAUUCAUCAUGUUGAUGCAAAUGUUGAGUAUUGCUCUGUACUUAAAACCAAGUUGGGAGCACAUCGCAUAUUGAUGGGCGCUGAAAUGGAUUGCUGUGAUUCCACUGAUGAUGGAAGGAGGUUCUAUGUAGAACUGAAGACAAGUCGUGAGCUGGAUUAUCAUACUGAGGAAAGAUUUGAGAGGGAAAAAUUACUUAAGUUCUGGAUCCAGUCCUUUCUAGCUGGUGUACCUUAUAUCGUUAUUGGAUUUAGAGAUGAUGGUGGCCGACUUGUCCGAACAGAAAGACUAAGAACCAAAGAGGUUACAGGAAGAGUAAAAAUGAAGAAUUACUGGCAGGGUGGAGUGUGCCUGGCAUUUGCUGAUGAGGUGUUAUGCUGGCUUUAUGGAACAGUCAAAGAGAAUGAAGACUACAUUUUACAGUUUGCUCCGCCGUUCACACGCCUGGAGCUUUUGCAAGCAGACUCUUGUCCAGAUGCAAUCACUGACCAUGUCGACCAAUUAUGACCACCCAAUAACCUCAUAGACUACAAAGUAGACUGCAAGAUAAUUAUACAAAUUGUGAUGAAAACUUCUCUAGUACUAUCAUGUUAAAACGGAAUGGAUUGUAACAAAAUUUUCUUUUUUUCUCGUUUUUACCACCUCCAGUUCCCAAACGAAGUGGUAUAAUGUAGUCUGUUGAAUGCUUGAACUUCAACGACUCCAGAUACUGCCAGUGUUACAGAGUUGAUUGCUGGGAACUGAAUGACAUAACUGGAGAAUUUUAUUGUUCUUGCA